AGAAGAAUGACAUACUUUCAGUGACACCAUGGUCUGAGUGUGAAGCAUCCUGUUGUGAGGGAGUCCUUAAUGAGUCUACACAGACUGAUACAGCCCCUGUUAAGGAUUUGUGUUGCGGUCCAAAUGGGGAAAAAGUCAUAUUACCCAGGCAUUCCCCCGCUCACCAGUGCUAUGGACGGCACCAGUACAACAUAAAUACUGAAUCGUGCAAUCAUAUUAAUGGCUACGCUGACAAUAAAGGCCCACACCACCACCAAGAUGUCCACCAACCAGAGAGCAAACAACAAAAUAAAUGCCAUCCAGAGAAUCACUGUUGUGGAAAUCAAGUCUACAAUGCUUCAACACAAAUUUGCUGCAAUGGAUACAGCCACAGAAAACGGGACAAUAUCCAGUGCUGUGGGACAGAAGCUUAUGAUGUUAAGAGUCCUAACUUGAAAUGUUGCAUGGGAUCACUCUAUAACGUGACAUCAAAACCUGCUUUAUGCUGUGGGUCCAGACUGCAAAAGAAAGAGGAAACAUGUUGCAUUAGUGAGAGUAGACAGCUGCUGUACUCUGCAAAGAAAGGACUGCAGUGCUGUGGUCAUCUCUACUACAACAGGUCUUUAUGGUCCUGCUGCUUGGGGAAACUGUCACCUUGGCAACCAAACCAAACCAGCAGCAAAAGGCAGACUAAAGGUUCCCCACUUUUGUCCAUAAUGAACCAAGAGAAACAGAAACUUUGCAACAAGGUCAACCUUGGAAAAGUGGAGAGUGUUUCGGUGCACAGCAUUGUGUUUAGCAAUGUGUUGAAGGUCUAUCCCAAAGGAGGACUUGUUUAUUUUGAAGCCCGAGGUGUCAUGAGCUCAAAGGAUCCUGGGAAGUGCAUUUUGCCUGAACUCACAACUGGCAAAGUGUAUUUCUUUAGUAGAACUAAAGUUUUUGUCAACUUGGAUCACAAGACUGUUUUUGAGGCUCUUUAUUUUAUUAUAUCCACAUGUCAACAAUAGACAACGCCAACUCAGGUGACCAAGAUGUGAAAAUAUAUUUUGAUUGCAUCUAUGACCUGAAGCUAAGAACCACAUUAAGCUAACAGCAUGGAGAUACACUCGGUUUUAUUUUACAGUUAAGAAAUGUUCUCAUGUCACAUAUGCUAAACUCAGCUAUAUAUUACAUACCCUUUGCACCUUGUGAUUGUUGACAGACAUUUAGCUAAUGAGCCCAAUGUCACAGCUGAUUGUAUUGACAAAGUUUAUAAUUUUAUCAAUAAAACUUGAAAGAAUU